GGUGGACAGCCGCACGGGCGCCAAGGUGGCCAUCAAGAAGCUGUACCGGCCCUUCCAGUCCGAGCUGUUCGCGAAGCGCGCCUACCGCGAGCUGCGCCUGCUCAAGCACAUGCGCCACGAGAACGUGAUUGGACUGCUGGAUGUGUUUACGCCCGACGAGACCCUGGAUGACUUCACGGACUUUUACCUGGUGAUGCCGUUCAUGGGCACAGACCUAGGCAAGCUCAUGAAACACGAGAAGCUGAGUGAGGACCGGAUCCAGUUCCUUGUGUACCAGAUGCUGAAGGGGCUGAAGUAUAUCCACGAUGCUGGCAUCAUCCACAGGGACCUGAAGCCUGGCAACCUGGCAGUGAACGAGGACUGUGAGCUGAAGAUCCUUGACUUCGGCCUGGCCAGGCAGGCAGACAGUGAGAUGACUGGUUACGUGGUGACCCGGUGGUACCGGGCACCCGAGGUCAUCCUGAACUGGAUGCGCUACACACAGACAGUGGACAUCUGGUCUGUGGGCUGCAUCAUGGCUGAGAUGAUCACAGGGAAGACGCUGUUCAAGGGCAGUGACCACCUGGACCAGCUGAAGGAGAUCAUGAAGGUGACGGGGACACCUCCUGCUGAGUUUGUGCAGAGACUGCAGAGUGCCGACGCCAAGAACUACAUGAAGGGCCUCCCUGAGUUGGAGAAGAAGGAUUUCGCCUCCAUCCUGACCAGUGCAAGCCCACUGGCGGUCAGCCUCCUGGAGAAGAUGCUGGUGCUAGACGCGGAGCAGCGGGUGACAGCGGCCGAGGCACUGGCUCACCCCUACUUUGAGUCCCUGCAUGACACGGAUGAUGCCCCCAAGGCCCAGAAGUACGAUGACUCCUUUGACGAUGUGGACCGCACCCUGGACGAGUGGAAGUGUGUCACUUACAAAGAGGUGCUCAGCUUCAAGCCUCCCAGGCAGCUGGGGGUCAGGGCCUCGAAGGAGACAGCCCUGUGAAGACCUCAGGGCCCCAAAGGUGCAGUGGGUGCCAAUGUCCCUGACUGGGGGCUUCGUGCCUUCACCUGGGAGGAGUCCUGGUCACCCGGCCUUGGCUUGCACCCCAUAACACCCAUUUGGAUAGCCCAGUAGACCCUCACUCUGCGG